UUCAGCGCAAGUGUUGUAGUAUACUGAACCCUCAAAAAACUAACUAGCUAGCUUAGCUAACCCCGGCCGAUGGACAUGGACCCAAGGUUCAACGUCGACUGGAGUGCCAACGAGAUCGAGAUGGUGAGAUCUCUCAUCGCUUGUCACGGCGCCAGCAACAGCACGAACGACGACAUUGUGGAUGAGCUCCAGGCAAUGUUCCCAGGGAAGGAUAAGCGCCAGGUAACUGACUUGUACGUUGAGCUUGUGGUGGAGAUGAUAAACAGUGGGGCAGAGCUGAGCAGCAACCAGCUCCUGCUCAACUCUGGUGGGGUGCACAGCAGGACGAUGGAUGGGUAUUUAGCAGACGAGAUGAAGGCGAAGAGGAUGCUGCUGGAGGAACAGCGCCGUAGGAAAUUAGUUGCUGUUCCUCGACAGGAUAACCAACAACGUGCAGGGAGGUUUUGGACUCUGGAGGAGCACAGGAAUUUCCUGCGUGGCCUGCGUGUGUACGGGCGCGGCAAUUGGAAGAACAUCUCCAAGGACUUCGUCACCACUAAGACGCCGGUGCAGGUCUCCAGCCAUGCACAGAAGUACUUCCGGAGGCAGGAGAGCACCACAAGGAAGCAGCGCUACAGCAUCAACGACGUCGGCCUCUACGAUGCUGAGCCAUGGGAGGAGCAGCAGCAGCAGCAGCAGAACAGCUCACUGCCGGCUUUCACUAGCACCAACAAUAAUGCUUAUUACAACCCAUACUGCUAUGCCUUUGGUGGUGGCCAGCAGCAGCUCGCAUCAUCCCCCUUCCAGUGCCAUGCCAGUCAGGCGAGCAGCAGCAGCCAGACAGCAGUCACCUGGGCUGCAGGAGGUCAGCAGCCACCGAUUUGCUCUUCUGCAGCUCCACCCAUGAUGGAGGGGGGUGGGGCUGAAAUGUCAUGGACCACUUAUUAUUAGCUAGCUACUAGCUUGGAGAUUUUGUUCCUAAGCUGUUAAAUCUCGUUGUUGAAGACAACAUGUAUGGUAGUUUAAGGCCCCGUUUCAAUCUCACGGGAUAAACUUUAGCUUCCGGCUAAACUUUAGCUAUAUGAAUUGAAGUGCUAAAGUUUAGUUUCAAUUAUCACCAUUAACUCUCAUGUUUAGAUUACAAAUGGCUAAAAGUGGCUAAAAAAAAGCUGCUAAAGUUUAUCUCACGGGAUUGAAACAGGGCCUAAGUAGUAGUUUCUUCAUUUCAAUGAACUAGUAACAAUUAAUGUGUUCCCGUUAUAUA